GUCAUGGAUUGAUGGAAUUUCAUUGGAAAUGGCUAUUUGUUGUCAAAAACUAGAAAAUUUAACAUUAAUUUAAAAUAAAAUUAGAAAUAUGAAGUACGUUUCAAUAACCCUGAUACUAACAUUAAUAUUUGCGGGUUAUGUUAUUAAUACAAUUUGGACUUUAGCUGAAAUUUUUAUACCGCCGGAAUGCAGUCGUGGCGAGCGAUGUUUUUCUAAUUAUUUAACAUCAAAUCCAGUACAGCAUCUGGUUUUAUAUACUUCUGUUAAGGAACAACCUUAUAAGAAUGGGAUCUAUGAUUCUGUGAAUAAAGUACACACUUCACUGAAAUUUAACUAUAGAAAUGAAGCAAAAGUGGUUGUGACGCUGAAAAUUCCGCGGAAAACCCGUAAUAAUGGAACUUUAUUUAUGCACGCAGUCUUAUUAGACGAAAAUCGUCUAUAUGACGAUUUUGUUGAAAUAUUUCGCACGGAGUCUGUUCACACAUUACCUUUAGUUACACAUACUGAACCCCAGGCUGCUACAUUCAAUCUUCUGCAAUCUAAUAGUGGUGAAACAAAACCGAAAGGAAAAAUCAUUAAGCCUUAUGCACACAUAGCCACUCAUGCACCAUUGGCUAUCUUAACUGAUAGUUUGAAUCUGCCAGUCCACAAGAUACCUAAUGAACUGUAUCCAUACAUGAGAAUUCGUGGUGAUAAAUUCCUACCAAUUAUACAGCAUAAUGUAUUGAAAUCUCGUAUAUCCCAAUUACAAGUUUUAAAUAGUAGUACACCUGAAGUCAAUGUAACAAUAACUGUAUCUCCCACGUCAUACGGCUCUCUGCGUCUUGCUUUGCAUGUACGUCUCGCAUUGGAACAGCUUCGUAGUUUAGGAUUCAGCGACAAGGAUGUGGACGAUGUAAAGGGAAUAUUUGCAGACACUAAUCUAUAUUUGCUGUCUGCUACCGUUGUAAUUGCUAGUUGUCAUUUGUUAUUUGACUUCUUGGCGUUUAAGAACGAUGUGUCAUUUUGGCGACGAAAGCGUUCACUGGCUGGUCUUUCCGCACGAACAGUUAUUUGGCGCGCUUUCUCACAACUUGUUAUUUUCUUUUAUCUUUUGGAUGAACAAACAUCCUUAUUGGUGCUUAUACCAGCCGGUAUUAGUGCAGUCAUUGAGGCGUGGAAGGUGACGAAGGUGCUGCACGUACGAGUGUCGCUGCCGGGCUGGCGCGUGUGGCGCGUGCGCGUGUGGCGCGACCGGCAGGACGCGGCCGAGCGCAGCACGGCGCGCGCCGACCAGGAGGCCAUGCGCUACCUCGCCAUGCUGCUCUACCCGCUGUGCGCGGCCGGCGCGCUCUACUCGCUGCUGUACGAGCCGCACAGGGGGUGGUACUCGUGGGCGCUGCACAGCGUGGUGAACGGCGUGUACGCGUUCGGGUUCCUGCUGAUGCUGCCGCAGCUGUUCGUGAACUACCGCCUGCGCUCGGUGGCCGCGCUGCCGUGGCGCGCCUUCAUGUACAAGGCCUUCAACACGUUCAUCGACGACGUGUUCGCGUUCGUCAUCACGAUGCCCACGGCGCACCGCGUCGCCUGCUUCCGCGACGACCUCGUCUUCCUAGUCUACCUGUACCAGAGAUGGUUGUAUCCCGUAGACAAAACUCGAACGGACACAGCUGCUAGUAUGGACGAAAAUCCCGAAGAGCUGGAACCAAUCAAACAAAAAGAUGACUGAUGAUAUUAUGUCAAUUAGAUUUUUUUUUACCUUAACUGCAAACUAAAAUGGGUUAAUUGCAAUAUAUCUCUUACACCACGCUCUCAAACAGAUCUUAGAACAUCAUUUUUGUAUUAAAAAAGGACACAAAUAUAAAGAUUUCAUAAGAAAAUUGCAAUUACAACAUUGUGUUUGCACGUUCUAUUUUAGUUAUAUAUAUUUUAGACAAAUUUCACGAGGCUAUGGUGCUAUAUGAUGCGCAUUAUUAAAAAUCACUUAUGUUUAAUUUUUUAGCAAAUCUAGUAAAAAUACUAAUUACAAAAGUUA